AUUUUCAGCCGGCGGUAAGAUAGAAAACUGUGCGAGAUGAGCUCAACGCGUCCGCACUGCUUCGUUUGUGGCAAAAUGAAGGCUGUGGGAGUAUUCCAGCUUAUCGAAGGAUGCAUUGUGCCAGGAACAUUUAAGCCCAUUAAGGAUAUACUAAAGUACUUUGAGAAAAUUAUCAAUCAACGCUUGGACCUAACGCCGGCCUCUGUCGCGUGCAGAGACUGUUUGGAGUAUCUGUUCAAUUACGAUCGGCUGGUGAGGAAUCUUAGUCAGGUGCAGCGCCAAAUCGCGGAUGCUUUGCUUGAAUGCAGGAAAAAGAAGACGGACUUCAAGCCGUUGGUAAAGAAAGAGAUCGCAAAAGCAAGAGUGCAGGUUCCAGCAUUCAAAUUCGUCCACAGAGACAACACCUCCACGCCAACGAAACAGGAAACUCCGAACACAUCAUUCUCCCAACAGGGUAACGAAGAAUCCAUUAAGGAUGACCUUGAGUCAAUGAUCGAGGAAGAACCGGAAGAAUUCCUGUUCACCGACAAUGAGCAGGAGAGCAUGGAGGAAUCGUCAGAGUCAGAGAUAUUCGACACUACGGAUGCCCCAUGCCACAUAUGCGGCGAUCUCUUUUCGAGCCAAGAAAUCCUAGAGAGACACAUUAAGACCGAAAAUUGCCAGAAAAACGAAUACUCCACCUGCAAUGUGUGUGGCCUGAAGGUCAAAGACGACGAGGUGCUCGACUUGCACAUGAACCUUCACGAGGGCAAGACCGAGCUGGAGUGCCGCUACUGCUCCAAAAAAUUCUCCCACAAGCGAAACGUUCUGCGCCACAUGGAGGUUCAUUGGGACAAGAAAAAAUAUCAGUGCGAGAAGUGUGGGGAACGUUUUUCCCUUUCGUGGCUCAUGUACAACCAUCUAAUGCGGCACGACGCCGAGGAGAACGCUCUCAUUUGCGAUGUGUGCCAUCAGCAAUUCAAGACCAAGCGCACCUACAAGCACCACCUGCGCACCCACCAAACCGAUCGGCCGCGCUAUCCAUGCACAGAUUGCGAAAAGUCAUUUGUGGACAAGUACACGUUAAAGGUGCACAAGCGUGUCCAUUUGAAAGUGGAAUCGCCAUAAUCCGCAUCCUUGCCGGCCAGCCAGUCUCUCUCCCAGCUGCCUCCAGAGACAAGCAGUUUGUGUAAGCCGCGGCUAGCCGACUGUUAGUGCUGGGCGAAUGGUUCUCUAGUGCUAUUUAAGUAGUGUACUGUACACAAUGUAGUGUAAAGCAUAAAGUAAACACAACUAUAUAAUUGAUAUAUAAGAGUAUGAAUCAAAGGACGAAUAUGAACCCCUAGCAUCGAGCAUGACCGAUAUAUAACAGCGUUUGCAGACAUGUAUAUAUUUUUGUAUACCCUAAUACAAACAUUUCGGAGAAAAAUUCUUGGA